AUGCUGGUGGUAUUUGCCGGUGGUAUGUUGUGCAAUGGAUUGAUAGGUGAACCAAUACUUGCACCCUUAAAAAAUACACCCCAAGUAAUUGUCGCAACAGUGGUAUGGUAUGUGAUAUUUUAUACGCCUUUUGACAUUGGGUAUAAAGUUGCUAAAUUUUUACCAGUAACGGAGCUGGAUUUACAAAAUUAUUCGAACGAUUAAUUCGCGGUGUUUGGACACCAACUGCUAUGGAAUUUAUGCAACCUAGCUUCCCAACUAAAGCAUGCUUGGUAGCAUCGAUAAUAUUUGUCUUGGACAAAAAGACUGACUUGAUUUCUGCGCCACAUGCUCUUGUUUACUUCGGAAUUGUUAUAUUCUUCAUUUAUUUCAAGCUUUCGUCAAUCUUGUUGGGAAUUCAUGAUCCGUUUGUACCCUUCGAAAAUCUCAUCUGUCAAAUAUUCUUCGGUGGGCUGAUGGACCGUUUUACAAAAUUAUUUGGACGUGGACAAGUAAAAGAUGAAAAAACUGAUGCAAAAAAAAAUAAAAUCUUCGCCUUCCUUUUUUCUAGAUCAACGCUCAUUAAUUCGAUAAUUUAUAUCAGAAAUUAA